AUGAACGAAGCCUAUUAUGAAGAAAUGGUGCCUUUUAAUUAUUUUUUGGUGGUAUCAGGAACGUAUUUUGAUCCUGUAUUUAAAAUAAUUGUUGAACAAAUGAAGUUAAUUCGGAUUUGGCUUUUGAAUGAGAGUGGCAAUGGGAUUGGCACAUCAUCUUCUUUACUGAUGGAUAAGGCUCUAAUUCUGACGAUUGCAAACAGAAACUUGAAGUCGCGUUAUCCAAGACCGGAUUCUAUACAGAAAUUCAUGCCGCGUGAACUCUUGCCCAUCGGAUUUGGUAACGAAGGUCAUGAACAAUUGGUUCUUACGGGUGACGUCGCUAAAGUUGAAGGACAAAAGUCUGCGAUUCGAAAUGAAAUAAUUCAACAAACCAUGGAUUUGAAGGGUACAAUUUUACAAUUCAAAGAUAUAUUAUCUGACGCUUUAAAAGGAACGUUAACCAGCUUAAACAAUUUGGCAUAUAAAUUUAUCACAAAGCAACGAUUAAAAAAGAAGCUCGAGAGUCAACUUAUACCUGCACUGUUACAACAGGGCGAGUGCAUAUGUCUAACCCUUGACGUCGAACGAUCAGAAGCUGCUAUAGCGGAUCCAUCUCAAAUUACAAUUAAAAAAAAUAAAUCAGACCCUGGUGCUUUCUUAGAUUCAAUUACAUUUGCUUUGGUUGACAAAUAUGAUGCCCAAUCAGUUCAUGAUGGAUUUCCAAGAGGGACAUUUGGUGCUAGUAUUCUUCAAGGAUUAGCUCGUGAAAAUAUAACUGGGUUCUUCCAUGAUAACAUUAAUGACAAACUUUGUUCAAUUUCUCGGGAAAAAAUUAAGCAAUAUGAAGAUGUUGACGCAAAAGAUUGGCAAAAUUGGUUACAAGAAGGUUUAAUGAAGAUUUUGAUUGAAGAGUUCACAAAGGGUCUUGGCGCUUCUGCUGAUUUAAAUGAAGUUAAUGUCGAUGUCGAACCAAUGGAUGAACCGAAGCGUUCUUACAUUGACAAACGUGAAGCCGUUGAGGCCAAUGCACCUAAAUUUUAUGAAACAUUCUCAGAAGAUACCGCAAAUGUACUGCUUGCUGCUCAUAUUAAUGAAUAUGUUUCAAAUGCUUUUAAAAAAGAAAAUCAAUGA